AUGCAGAAAAAGAAACACAUUCAUGACAUUCAGGAUGAACAAGCUUUCUUCAUCGACGCUCUGGAGACAGUUCAUUCCGACAAACCAGAGGAGUGGCGUGUAACUCUAUGUACCAAUGGCAAAGGAAUCAACUACAAAUUGGAUACAGGUAGUCAAGUCAACAUCCUGCUGGAGAAACAGUAUCACAUUCUACCAUGGAAGCCAAAAAUACACAAGACAAAUAUACAGCUUAUGUCGUACAGCAAGCAUAGUAUUCCGGUCUUAGGAGCAUGUGUUCUAGAAGUUUCUCAUCAGGGAAAAGCAGCUAAGGUCUACUUUGUGAUAGUUCAGGACGCUUCAACAGCAAUCUUAGGCGUAAAAGCUUGCGACAAGUUAGGACUAGUGAAACGCACAUAUACCAUAGAAAACUGCACAAAGAUUACAGACACAACUGCACAGAUUGUGGAUCAAAAUAAUGACUUGUUCGAAAGAUUAGGAUGUUUACCGGGUGAACAUAAAUUAUCCAUAGAUCCAGACAUUACACCAGUAGUGAGUCCAUGUCGUAAAAUACCUUUCGCUCUACAUGAAAAACUCCAAGAUGAACUUAAACGCAUGGAGGAUAUGGGUGUCAUAUGCAAAGAAACCGAACAUACAGAUUGGGUGAGUCCGAUUGUAAUCGUUCCGAAAAAAGACGGAAAGAUCCGCGUGUGUCUUGAUCCAAUUCAAUUGAACAAAGCGAUACAGAGAGAACAUUACAAGCUGCCAACGCGAGAUGAGAUUCAUGCGAAGUUCAAGAAUGCACAUUAUUUCAGUAAACUUGAUGCUCGCACCGGAUUCUGGCAAAUGAAACUGGAGCAGAAUUCAUCAAAACUUACCUGUUUCAAUACACCAUUCGGAAGGUAUCGAUUUCUGCGUCUACCUUUUGGUAUCUCAUCAGCACCCGAGAUAUAUCACAGGACAAUUCAUAUGAUAUAUGAACACAUACCAGGAUGCACGACAAUGAUGGAUGACAUCAUCGUAUGGGGUUCAACGCUACAAGAACACAACCAAAGACUACAGCAAGUGUUUGAUGCAUCGCGCAAAGCAAAUCUCAAACUGAAUCGAGAAAAAUGCGUAUUUGGAGUUAAGGAACUUACAUUCGUCGGUGACACUAUAUCCGCAGAAGGAAUCAAGCCAGACGAGGCCAAGGUCAAGGCCAUAACAAACUUUGAGACUCCAAAAUGUAAGAAAGAUGUACAACGCUUUUUAGGCAUGUUGAACUACCAGGCAAGAUAUGUUCCAGACUUGUCGUCGAAAACUCAAGUUCUGCGAAAUCUCACAGAGGACAAAAACCAAUUUCAGUGGACUACAGUCGAGCAAAAAUCAUUCGAUGAGUUAAAGGCCAUAUUAACAAGUACAUCAGUUCUUAAGUUCUUUGACCCGAACAAAGAGAUUAAAAUCUCUUCAGAUGCCUCUAGUUUUGGACUGGGAGCAGUGCUCUUACAGAGGCAUGAUAACGAGUGGAUGCCGGUGGCAUAUGCGUCGCGAGUUAUGUCUGAUGCAGAAACCAGGUACGCGCAGAUUGAGAAAGAAAUGUUAGCCAUAUCAUUUGCAUGUGAACACUUCCACCAAUACAUACUUGGACAGGUAGUAGAAGUGGAAACAGAUCAUAAACCACUUGUGAACAUUUUUAAGAAGUCCCUGAAAGACUGUCCACUACGAUUACAAAGACUGCUGCUGAGAGUACAGAAAUAUGAUCUACGUAUUGGCUACACUCCAGGAAAAUUUAUGCAUACCGCUGAUGCAUUGUCCAGAGGAACAGAUAUGUCAACGAAACUGGCCAAAUCAGAACAGGAGGAGGAUCUCAAAGUGUAUGUAGACUCUGUCAUUAAGAGUCUACCCAUAUCAGAUCGUAAGCUACAGAAGAUUCGUGAGGAAACUCAACAUGACCCAAAAUUGCAGUUACUAGCAGACGUAAUUGUUAAAGGAUUUCCCGAAACGCGCAUUGAAUGCCCCAAGGAAAUAUCAGAAUACUGGAAUAUACGGACAGAGCUGAGUUUAUGUGAUGGAAUCAUCAUGAAGACAGACCGCAUUGUUAUUCCAGUCUCAUUGCGGAAGGAGAUGCUUACCAAAAUCCAUACAGGUCACCUAGGUAUCGAAAAAUGUCGAAAUCGAGCCAAACAAGUGAUGUAUUGGCCUGGAAUGUAUGCACAAAUCGAGAAAAUGGUGAAUUGA